AUGUAUAGAAGGAAUACACCAGAAGGUCAUGGGUUUGAGAGUCAGCAUUCGUGUAGUGAUGCCGGUUUUGCGACCUUUGACGAGUUCGACAAAUUGACAUCUGUUCGUGUUAACUACGCGGAUGAACUAUUUCUUGCUAGUGGAUACUCGAGAGAUGUUGCUCUGUAUGACAUUAGUAGUGGAAGACGCUUGCUUGCAGGAAUUCAACAUGAGUAUCUUGGCAGCCUAUAUGCGUCCUCGCUCGAGGUCUCUGAAAGUUUCAUGGUCAAUAUGAUAGCAUCUAUUGACUAUGCCAAGGAACACCUUGAUGGUCAGCAAUCUAUAGAAUUUUAUACAGAAACACUACAACCCUGGCAUUCCAUUUAA